GGCUACAGUGUCCGUCCUCGUGUUCGUGUUCGUGUGGAACGUAAACAAGACAGCGUGAUGAAGGUGGUAACCGAAGGAGAAGGGAAAAAGAAAAAAUACAAUAAAAACAAGAAGAAAGCAUGGAGGAAGAAAGCCGAUAUAUCGGAUAUAGAGGCAAUAUUGGACGAUGUAAGACGAGAAGAACGAUUUGGGGGUCCACUGGAUGAGAGGGAGGAUGAGGACCUUAUGUUCUUGGAUACUGGUGAUUAUGAAACUGGAAGUGGUAUUGCCAAGGAAAACAAAAAUGAUGAAGCUGUUGAGUUGCAAUUCCAGUUGGACACAACCCCAGGAUCCUCUACCUCCAAGAAACAGGUUGAAACAUUUAAGCCAUCUAAAAAACCAGCCAAUAAGGAACCAAUCCAAGCUUUCAGAUUUAUUGAUGGACUUCAAGGAGCAAAGGUCCCUAUUAAGCCAAGAAUGAAGGCUGGUGUUGUGACAGCUGCCAUGCAGGAAAAGGCUAAGAGAAUAACAGAGGAUCCGAAGACAGCAAAGAAGUAUCAGAGAAAAGUGGAAGACAUCAAAUCAGGUUUGAUAAGAAGACAUCGUGUUAAAGUGACCAACUUUAAGUGCAAGAAUAAGAAGGAUAUUUGGGAGGAGACUGAUGAUACAGUCAAGGAGUGUUAUGACAAGGGUCUUGAUGAAGAUUAUUUAGAUAACAUAGCAACUUACUACAAGUCUCAGACAAAGAAGGGUCAGAAGAUCGCAGUUCCUUCACACAGACUAAAGAAGCCUUCAGCUCACCCAGCAGUUCCACUCCCUGCAGCAGGAAUGUCAUACCAUCCUACAUUUGAAGAUCACCAAGAAGUUUUGCGGGAGGCCGUGAAGGAUAUUAAGAAGAAGCAAAAAAUAGAAAAAAGAAAUGCCAAAUAUACUCCAGUAGAAUUGAAAAGAUUAAAAUCAAAAAUAAAAGCUGCCAGUAAAAAAGAAAAUUGGGCAGAGGAUGUAAUUGAAACUCAUACCAUUGCAAAUGACGAUGUCCUAUAUUCUGGUCCUGUUGAAGGGAAAAAGAAUGAACAAAAAGUUAAAAUUGAGAAACAAACAAAAGGCAAGAAAGGUGGAAAUAAGAAAGAUUCAGUCAAGGAGGAAAUAAAAGAAAAUACAGAAUUUGAUGCAAGCAUUGUCAAAGAGGAGAUUGAGGGUAUGGAGGCUGAAGAAGAUCAAAACAUUGACACUGAGGAUAAUGAAGAGAUUGAUGAAGAUGACUUUGAUGAAGAGAGUGAAGUGGAGCAGGAUGGCCUUGAUGAAGAGAGUGAAGUGGAGCAGGAUGACCUUGAUGAAGAGAGUGAAGUGGAGCAGGAUGACCUUGAUGAAGAGAGUGAAGUGGAGCAGGAUGACCUUGAUGAAGAGAGUGAAGUGGAGCAGGAUGACCUGAAUGAAGAGAGUGAAGUGGAGCACGAUGGCCUUGAUGAAGAGAACGAAGCAGAGCAAGAUGUCAUUGUUGAAGAGAACGAAACAGAGCAAGAUGUCAUAGUUGAAGAGAACGAAACAGAGCAAGAUGUCAUUGUUGAAGAGAAUGAAAUGGAGCAAGAUGAAGUUGAUGAAGAGAAAGGAGCAGUGCAAGACGACCUUAAUAAUUCUGUGGAAAAUGAAGAAAUAGAUAGUGAGAAAGAGAAUGAACUUCAACCGAAGAGCAAGACCAGGAAGAGAAGAAAGAGGAAGAAUAAGAUUGAGGAAGAAAACAGAGCAACAGGAAGUAGUAAUAUCCAGAAGAAAGGAGAAGCAAAAACAAAGGCUGUACAAAUGGGACAGGUAAAACAAAAUCAGGGAAUUAAAGAAAAGGAAAUCAUAACUGUCAGUGAUUUACAGAAAGGUCUAAUUCAGCCAAAGAGAAGAAAUACGGAAAAUGUCAGAAAAGACUUCAGAAGGACAGAUCAGACAAAAGCUAUGCAAAAUGGAAAGAUAAUGCAUGGUCAAGAAAUUAAAGAAAAGGAAAUCAUUACUGUCAGUGCUCUACAGAAAGGUCUAAUUCAGCCAAGGAAAAAAGAAAAAUACCAGGAAAGUUAUUGUAAUAUUUAUCAAACUACUCUAGACAGUAUGGGAGAGUCGCCUACUGUUGCACUUUUAAAAGGUUUAAUAAAUAUAUUAACUAAUAUAUAUAUAUUUUUUCAGACAGAGGAAGUGACUAGGAAAAAGACGAGAAGGGGUGGAAAGAAGCACAAGAAGGGGGACCAGGAGGAGGAAGAGGAGGUUGAAGAGCCAGUAAUUAAGAAAACGAGUCAGAAGAAGACAGAGAAGCAGAGAAAACUUGAAAGAAUGAAAAAAUACAAGAAGUGCAUGUGGGAGAAACGAAUUAAGGAAAGGGACAGAGAGAGAGAAAUUGAGCUUGUUCCUGCGUACCUGGAUGCCCUGAGGGGCAGAACACUGAAAAGUAGAGCACGUCAAGACCGGAGGAGAUUGGGUAAAAAGGAAAAGAAAUUUGCAACACGGCGUUUAGGUCCAGUAAGGUUUAUGGCUGAGGAUAUCACAGUCUGUGAUGGAGAUAAAUUAUCAGGCAGCCUUCGAAGGAUGAGACCAGUUGGGAACCUGUUCCAAGAACGCGUUAAGCACUUGCAACGAAGAAAUAUUAUUGCACCAGGUGUUGUAUAUUUUCCUUACUUGUGGUACGGGAAGAAGAGGAAUUUGAAGAAGAUUAUCCGUCGCAAUUAUAAGGAUGACAGAACAAUGAAGAGUGUAUAUGAUGACUAG